AUGAGGACGUUACAAAAUCUACUAGUGAUUGUACUCAGUACUUAUGUUGUAGCUACGUUGGCUAAAGAAACAACUCAGGAUGGUUUCGAUGCUAGGAAGCCUUACAUUGUGUACAUGGGCGAACUGCCAGGAGCAGAAACUUCCGCCAUGGCCAGACACCAUAACCUGCUAGUGCAAGCAAUCGGAGAUGAAGAAAUAGCCAGAGCAUCAAGAAUUCAUAGCUAUGGAAGGACCUUCAAUGGGUUCGCGGCAAGAUUGUUGCCACAUGAAGCAAAGGCACUAGCAGAGGAAGAUAGUGUUGUAUCAGUGUUUCCAAACACUAUGCGCAAACUACAUACAACAAGGUCAUGGGAUUUCCUAGGACUGCCAAUAAAAUUAAAGAAAGGGAACGCUCAAAUACAGAGCAAUAUCAUAGUGGGUGUUUUGGAUACAGGAAUUUACUUGGAUGGUCCCAGUUUCAAUGAUACAGGUUAUGGGCCUCCCCCAUCUAAAUGGAAAGGCAAAUGUGUCAAGGGUGACAACUUCAAAGGCUGCAACAACAAGGUAAUUGGUGCCAAAUAUUUUAAUCUGGACUCCAACCAUCCUUGGCCAGGCAAAUUAAGUCCAGUCGACGAUGAAGGCCAUGGCACUCACACUGCCUCCACCAUUGCUGGUAUACCCGUCCAAGGAGCCAGCGUAUACGGCAUUGCGAAAGGGACUGCACGAGGUGGUGCGCCCCUCUCGCGUAUCGCUGUGUACAAAGUGUGCUGGCCCUUUAAUGGCUGCAGUGACAUCGAUAUGCUGGCCGCGUUCGAUGAAGCCAUUGCUGAUGGAGUGGACUUGAUAUCCAUCUCCAUAGGCGGUCACUCGAGGAGUUUCUGGGAAGAUCCUAUUGCCAUUGGAUCAUUUCAUGCCAUGAAAAAAGGGAUUUUUGUUUCAUGCUCAGCUGGGAAUGAUGGGCCUAGUGAAGGCACUGUCCAGAAUGUAGCACCAUGGGUUACCACAGUGGCUGCUAAUGCAAUUGAUAGGAAGCUAAAGACAGUAGUCAAGUUGGGUAAUGGGAAGAGAUUUUCUGGGAAUGCACUCAAUACCUACACAUUAAAGAAACAAAUGUACCCUCUUACAAGCGGAACCCUGGCAUCCAACAAGAGUGAAAACAGCUAUGGAAAUGCAAGUGCUUGUGAUAGUUCUACUUUAGACGCGGACAAGGUGAAGGGAAGGAUUGUGUACUGCCUAGGGUCUAGUGGCCAGGAUUUCACCAUCCGAAGGUUGCAGGGUGCCGGAACUCUCAUGACACAAUAUGAGUUGGAAGAUUACGCCUAUUCUCCCGUGAUCCCCGGUACCGGUAUCCUUGUCAAGGAUGGGAUCAAGAUUGAUCAGUAUAUUAACUCUACCAAGAACCCUAUGGCUGUCAUAUACAAAACAAGAACCGUCAAAACUCCAGACGCCCCCGACAUUGCUUCUUUCUCAGCCAGAGGACCUCAACGGAUAACCCCCAAUAUCCUCAAGCCUGAUAUUUCAGCACCAGGGAUAAACAUAUUAGCGGCAUAUUCACGUCUGGCAUCCAUAUCUGACCCAGACUGGUCACCCGCCGCCAUCAAGUCCGCUCUCAUGACAACUGCCACGCCAAUUAAUACCCGAGUUGGAGGCAACACACUAGGAACAGGAGCAGGACAAGUAAACCCGAAAAAGGCAGCGCAUCCCGGGCUCAUCUAUGACAUCACAGUAGAUGACUAUAUCAGCUUCUUGUGCAAGCAAGGCUACAACAGCACCAACAUUGGCAUACUUGGAGGCAAAAAGAACGUUAGCUGCUCUGACUAUAAGCCUCCUCGAGGCACAGACGGCCUCAACUAUCCAAGCAUGCAUUUACAUCAACAAGCAAGUGACACUUCAGUUAAAGCUGUCUUCUAUAGAAGGGUAACAAACGUAGGGUAUGGUAGCUCAGUGUACAAAGUAAAGCUGAUUAUGCCAAAGUUCUUUUCUAUAACAGUCACACCAAGUACCUUGAAAUUCACUCGGUCGCAUCAGAAGAGGUCUUUUAAGGUUGUGGUGAGUGGUGGCACACCAACUGCAGGGGUGCCUGUGUCUGCUUUACUUGAGUGGGAUGAUCAUAAACACAGUGUUAGGAGCCUGAUCACACUGUACAGGGAUCCCAGUUAG